AUGUCUUUUGAAGCACCACAACGAGUUGAGCAGUACGAUGUUAAGCCAGAAAUCAACGGCGAUCAUCAAGUCAAUUCUGCGACUGCUCCGUCCCCUCAGCAACCACCCAGAAAGAGAACUCGAUACACCGAGCCACCGAUAUGGGCCCGAAGUGCCAAAGGAAUAAAGGGCUUAGGACGUAAGAUCAACGGGAGACAAGAGACUCCUCAACCUUCGGCGCAAGCCCCGCCAAUUACAUUAAUAAAGCAAGAGAGUAAUGGGAUGCGCCAAGCAUCACCAGCGAUUCCUCGACCUGCAGGGAAUGAUGUUGAUUGGGAUGGCCCUCUCGGCCCAUGGGAGCCGAGCAUAUCUGGCACUCAGCCGCGUGCCGAGAUGACAAAGCUGGUGGCAGAUUUCCUAUAUAUGAACGUCGUUAGUCGUGAGGACACACGAGAGUUGGCCAGUCGAGGCGUGGAGGUAGAAAUUGAAGCGAAGCUGGGGCAGCUUGUCAGUAAGGAGACGAACCAGCGACUGAAUUUGCCAAUCCGUUCGGAAACAGUACUUAUGGAUAACCAGUUCAUUGCUUUCAAAAGCACAAUGACGGAGUUCCAACAUAAGAAGCUAAACGACUUUUUGAAUGAACGUGUUAAGGACUGUUUUCCGAAUAAUCCUAGUCAGCCGAAACGACGAGUCAAGAUCGAUUACUUACACCGACGGGAGACGGAUAAAUUUUAUGAACUGCCUUCAUCAAUGCAUGGCACUUUACCUCCGGCUCUUCGGGCCUUGCUCAAUCCUCGUUACACUGUCAAAGUUCGUGUCACUCACGAUCAGAAGACGGGCGAAACUUUGGCAAAGAUCAUCAAAGCUAGAGUGGCUGACAUGGAUAUCUUUUUUCCUAGUUUAAGUCUUGAUUGCCGAAUUAGUAUAAACUUCGAAAUGAAGUUUGAUGGUGAAGUAGAAGAACUAGUCUCUUCAACUGACGGAGCUCAAAGGCCUGAUCGUAACAAGGACCGUUUGAGUUAUAAACAAUCGCAUUAUCAAGUAGACCUCACUCAAGUCACUCAAAGCUUGGUAUCGAAUAAUGUAACUCGAACUGAAAAAGAACAUGAGCUUGAAGUCGAACUCUCAGCAGCAGCUGUCAUAGAUCAAGGUCUCAAAGCUAGAAAUGGCGAGCCAAAUGAUUACUUUAAGUUGGUGGAAGGUCUUAUCGACAAUGUUCGUUUAUUGGCAAGAACUGCUACACUCAACGCCUAG